AUGGCCACCAAGGUUGACAAAGAGGCUUGCCGGGAGGCCUACAACCUGGCGCGAGGUGAUGGCUUGGCCAUCAUCUGGGUGACUUUUAAAUAUGACGGCUCCAUCAUCGUCCCUGUUGGGCAAGGAGCAGAAUACCAGCACUUCAUCCCCCAGUGCACAGACGAGAUCUGGUUGCUUGCCUUCGUGUGUGUCACCACGAGGGAUGCCACCCUCAUCAGGUGGCUCGGCAAGAACGUCAAUACCUUGGUGAAGGAGGUCAUACAGGAUUUCGCUAAGGAGUUUGUGAUCAGUGAUCAGAAGGAGCUGGAGGGAGAUGUAAUGAAAAGCGAACUGAAGAAGACUGGGGGAAUCAAUUACAACGCCCAGAUGGAGUAA